CUGACAGUACAGGGGGGGGGGGAGAACAAGUUAAACCAGCACAAGCGGAAGUAGCAGGGACAGAGCCAGGGUAAACUAGGUACGCUUUAAACAACAUUCCCGUACUGGAACACGGAGGAGCUCAGAGCAUUGAAGGAACACGGAGUACAACCUCACGGAGCAGAGCCUCACGGAGCAGAGCCUCACGGAGCAGAACCUCACAGAGCAGAACCUCACGGAGCAGAACCCGGAGAGUCUCAGCUUUCCCAGAAAUCAACUCAGAGAAAAGUUGAAGGUAAACAGCUGGAGGUCUGGAUCUGGAAGCAAAGCAGAAGCUGCACACUAAGACAGCGCACCGCUCUGCUCCAGGGGGAUCAAGAUGAUCCUGACCUCAGCGCUGGUGUUCCUGACCGACCUGGCCGCCAUGUUGCUAGGCCACAAGAUGUUCAGAAGACACUUCCACCUGCUGCUCUCGGUGCUGCUGGUGUUUGGGCCGGCUCUGAGCCUCUGGGUCUCACAGUACAGCGUUUUCGCCAGAAGAGGCCACUUUCUCUACAGGAUGUUCCUGCGCUCCGGCUGGGGCUGGACGUGCCUCUUGGUGGGCUCCUUCGUGUUGGUCCUGUCCUUCUCCGGGCGCCGCUCCGUGCUGCUCUCCCUGCGUCACCUGUCACGCCUGCUGGCGGCCGGCGGCUUGUGGCUAGGCUUCCGCAGGAUCCUGGAGGUCCUGGGGAACGCCACGGGGAGCUGCUACGAGGCCCUGGCCGCGGCUCCGGACGGCGGGCCCGCCUCCAGCCAGCCCCUGCUGCUGCUCCGGGAGGGGGAGAGCAGGGCGGAGUGCCUGGCACAGGGGAUGCAGUGGAGGGGCUACGAGGUGUCCGAGGACAUCUUCCUCCUGUGCCUCUGCUGCCUCCUAUUGGCCGAGGAGACGGCCGUGUUCGGGGCCUAUCUGAACGUGGGCGGGGCUUCGGGCGGUCCUCUGCGCAUCCUGUUCCUGCUUUGUGUUCUGCUGAUGGCGCUGUGGCUCUUCCUGCUGCUCUGUCUGCUGGCCUAUUUCCCCCAGUUCCCCACUCAGCUCCUAGGGGGCGCUCUGGGCUGCCUCAGCUGGAGGGGGCUGUACCAGGGCUGGUACCCACUAGGACCCAGCUGGUGCUGCCCGGGUAGACCUGGCUCUGGCCUGCUGAGCUCUGACUAGAAUAGAGCUGGGAGCAACGGGAUCCAUAGGGUCCAUCAUUCUGUCAUUCUACAUAAAGAUUUAUAAAUAAGUCAAAGUUACUUCAUUCAGAUUCAGCUCCAUUAACAGUUAAUACUGACAGACAUUAUCCAGCAGUAUUCAAAGGUUCAGCCGGUAGACGAUGUAUCCCAUAAUAGUGCACUUUGUGACCCUGAGGCCAGCAGCCUUAGGAGGAUUCAGCAUCAAUGAUGAUUGGCUAUAUUUGAUAAAGGUUGUAUUUCCGUGCAUAUUGA